UUUUGUGUCUGAAGUUUGUUUAGUAAUUUUGUGUAGUUUAAAUAAUGAAAACUGUUGCUGUCAUUGGAGGAGGUCCUGCAGGGUUAUGCGCUGCAAGACAUUUACUGCAAUCAAAAUUAAAACCUAUUGUAUUUGAACAACAAGACUGUGUUGGUGGCACCUGGGUGUACCAAGAUGUUGAUAAAAACAAUUCUAAAGAUGUAUUUUCAAGUCUGUAUGAUAAUAUGAGAACCAAUCUUCCAAGGCAAGUAAUGGAAUUUCCUGAUUAUCCUUUCGACGAUGACUAUCCAACAUUUCUGCAUCAUACAGCUGUGAGAAAAUACAUCGAGUGUUAUGCAGAGCAUUUUAAAUUAUAUCCACACAUUAGAUUUAAUAUGAGAGUUACAUCUGUAUUACCCAGUCAAAUGAAAUCCAUUGAGAACAGUUUUAUCAAAUGGCGUGUACAGUCACAAAAUCUGAUGCAAGAUAACCAUGUAACUGAAGAGUUUGAUGCUGUUGUUGUAUGUAAUGGUCAUUCCUCACAACCCCGAUAUCCCACAAUAAAAGGUCUGGAUAAUUUUAAUGGUGAAAUUAUCCACAGUCAUUACUAUCGAAGACAGAGUGAUUUUGCAAAGAAGACUGUUUUGGUACUAGGAGCGGGUCCAUCUGGUCGAGAUAUUUCUUUGGAACUGGCUACUACAUGCGAAAGAAUAUAUUUAAGUCAUCGAGGUGAAAGAAUCGAGGCAGAACUUCCUUCCAAUGUUAUAGAAGUUUGCGACAUUGAUUUUGUGUCACAGGAUGGAUCGUUUGUAUUUAAAGAUGGUAGUCUCGCUGCAGCACAUGUACUACUGCUUUGUACUGGUUAUAAAUAUGCAUUCCCAUUUUUGAACUCUGAAAGCGGUAUUUGUGUUGCAGAUGGAGUAGUAAAGACAUUGUACAAACAUCUGUUUAACAUUAAGUACCCUUCAAUGUCUUUUGUUGGUUUGCCUUUUAAGUGUACACCAUUGCCCAUGUUCCAUCAACAAUGUGCCUAUCUAGCUAGUGUCUAUUCAGGUAAGAAAACACUACCUUCAACUGAAGAGAUGUCUGCUGAUACAGAAAAAGAAAAAGCUAAGAAAUUGACUUUUGGAAUUCCAGAACGUUAUUUUCACCAGAUGGGAAUUGAACAGUUCUCAUAUAACGAUGAACUGGCAGAAAUGUCAGGUAAUAAUCGAAACGCGGAAGUCAUUAAAGAUUUAUACAUAUACAAUUCAACGGUUAGAAGGAAGAAUCUACAGCAUUAUAAGAAUUGUUCUUACAGAGUGUUAAAUAAUAAAGAAUUUGAAGUUUUAUGAUUUUUAUUGAUGCAUACAUAGUUUUAAUCUUUUGUGAAAUAGACGUACAUGUUUGGCCAAUCAAAUUUGAGCCCUUAACAUCAUUUGCGAACAUGAAUCCUGCAACAACUUUUGUACAGGAUGGGCAACGGUUCUAUAAUUACUUGAAUUGUUCUGGAAUUUUUUCGAUAAUGUUCUUGAAAAUAUAACUUUUGAGAGCUAAUUCUAGAAUUGUUCUGGGAUUCUGAAUUAUUGAAAGUAACUUCCUUAAGCUGCUCUAAGAA